UGUCUAAAGCAAUUUGACUUCAUUUAUUGGAAAGGUUUGGACAUGGUGAUGUUUGAACAAGGGAGUAUGCUUGCACUGGAAAAUCUCCACCUCAAGUUUCGAGUAAAAGGAGUGUCUGUGCAUUAUGGUUUUCAGUUUGGCAUCGAGCACCUCGCUUCCCUCAGAUAUCUCCAUGUAGAUAUUGACUGUGAGGACGCAGAGGCUAGGGAGGUGGAAACUGCAGAGGAUGCUAUUAGGAGUGCAAUCAGCGCUCAUCCUGGUCAUCCUAGGCUUGAAGUCUGGAGGUUGGGGGAAGAAAAAGUGAUGAUAAACGAGGUGGAGAUCACUAAUCAUGGUGAAGGGAUAGAGGGUCCCAAUGAUAAGAAGUGUGAAGAAAUGGUGGAAGAGAACCUCAUUUCUCCUACUGUAAGUCCAUGGUGGCUCCUCCCUGCAUGGUGUAUCAUAUCCAUAGUGUGGAUGGUCUCCUCAUGGGGGGUCAUCUCCACAUGGGGGGUCAUCUCCGCAUGGUGGGUCGUCUCCGUUUACGCCUACUGGGUCAUCUCCAAAUGGUGGAUCGUCUCCCCAUGGCGUGUCUCCCCAUUGUGUGUCGUCCCCACAUUGUGUAUCAUCUACGAAUGGCGGGUUGUCUUCAAAUGGUGCCUCGUUUCCUGGUGGUGCUUCAUCGCUGUCGGCAGAUGGUUGUCGAAGAUGAUCGUCGGUGUCCUCCCCAUGACCCUCGGAGCUCGUAAAUUCAGAUCGCUAAUCAGCCAGGAGGAGGACGAGGUGGAGUUCAACCUGCUGCCGCUGCUGAUGGCCGCCAUCAUCAUCAUGCUGUUGUUCGUCGUGUGUUCGCCGCCUCCCAGGCGCAGGCACUCCGAUGUCGUCCGGUGCUACUGACCUGAUGGUGAUGGGGUGGGUGUCGUGGUACUAAGACUGACAGUAGAAUGGAGGGUAGGUAUGGAGAGGCAAGAUCUUAGCUAUGGAGGAGUUGUAUACACAAGAGAUUUACGAGUUCAGGCCUUUCUCGGAGGAAGUAACAGUCCUACGUCUCGGAGCCCGGAGGCGGUCGACUGUAUUAUAAAUGUAUGAGUUACAGGGGUGCGAACCCUUCUACCAGUGGAGGGGGUGGCUUAUAUAGUGUCUGCCAGGACCCCAGCCAGCCCACGCAGCAGAGGGUUUAAAGUACAUUAAGGCCAGGCGUUACCUGUAACGCCUUACAUAAAGUGUCAUUAUGACUAUAAAGGCUACUUAAUCACAGACCGUU